CGAGACAUGAUGGGGAAAUGCCGCUGAGCAGACCUGAGAGUUUCAGGAAGUAGUCUGAUCCGCUUUGCCUUUUCCUCCGUUUGGGUUUCAGUCUUUCUCAUGUGGAUCCGUCAAGAGGAACUGAGUUCAGCUGUGUGUGAUGAGGAGGCGGUAACCAUGGCAACAGGUGGUGGCGUCCUGCAGCGGUGGUCUGAGACCUGGAGAAAGCUCUGAAACCCGCCGCAGGUUUUGGUUUCUCCUGCCAUGAAAAUGUUCCAGGGCUGCUCCGUUGUAACGGCCCAGUCAAAGUCCAGCCCUCAGCCUGUGUGAACAGAAACAUUGGCUGAUUUAAUUUGGCUUGUUUUUCCUCGUUAGCUGGUCGGUCAUGCGGAACAGAUAAACGGCGUUUAGAGCAGAGCAAAUCAAAUCAGCAGCAGGAUUUCAAUCCAUAUCUGGGAUCUGAUGAGACACAUGGAGGAAAAUUCCUCUGAAUUCCCCACCCUGGAGGUUUGGAUCGCUGCGGCCUUUAAUUAGGCCCAUGCAGAGUCCUUCAGCGAGAUGAUUAGAUUAGCGUCUGCGAGGCCGGCGGCGCGCUCUCAGGCUAACAUCAGAACGCUGCCGACAUUCUGAUGUUAGUUCAUCAUGUUCGCCUCAGUCGCUCCCUCUGACUUGAUCUGAUCCGCUUUUAUUUAUUCAGGAGAAACGUUCACCUCACGACACAGUCAGGAUCUGAGACACCAGGAGGAUUAUGGGAGAAACAGCACAAUGCUGUCAAGUUAGAGGCUUUAAGAAGCUGCUUUACCUCCAGGAGAUGAACAGAGACCUGACUGACACCGAGACAGGAAGUGGAGCUCCAGGCUGACACCGAGACAGGAAAAGAGCUCCUGCGGACAGGAAGUGGCGUCCUUGUCUAAUGGUGUAUGCUGCUGUGUGAGUCUAUCACCCGGCAGCGGUCUUCAGUCAGAGAGCUCUUCAGAUUCACUGCAAGACGGACUGCUACUGGAGACGCUUCGUAGCUGCAGCAUCAUCAAAAACGACAAUCAACAGAGUUCCAACAUUUAAUUUCAUCUGAUUUCAGGGAACUAGAUGGACCAAGAUGUUAGCGUUGAUGUAAACAUAAGCUAAAGCAGAAAGCUUAAGACUAGCUGAACGUUUCUGCAUCGUUAGCAGUGAAGCUAACUGUUUCUCUGCUGCUGUAGCCUCACGUUGCUGCUGAAGGAAACGCAGCAUCAAACAGCUGGCCGCCGUCUCUUCCCAGACUGGACCGUUUUCUGCUUGCGCUCCUCCAGUUUUCUACCAGGAAGCAGCAGAUGCCCAUGAGCGGUGGCUAACGCUGUUAGCUGUCAUGGUGCAACAACUGGGGCUGAUGGGAGUUUUUCAGCUUGAAGCAGCUUUUUGUUUCCUACUCAGCCGACAUUCCUGAAGUUUCCCUGGAGGUUCAAAUCACGCAUCCUGACAGAAAUAGACCUGCUGUGUGUUCAGUCACAUGGUGGGGCUUUAAGGGACUGUUUGCCCCCAGGGCAGUUCUUUCAGCUCAAUGUGAGAAGAUGCUGGGAAGAUCCCUGGAGGCGGGGCAGAAUGAAUGUUUCAUAAAGCAGACAUGUGACAACCCAGCGCAUGUUGUCCCUCCUGAAGAUGAUGCUAAUGCUAACGCUGAAACACCACAGAGACUCAGGAGAUGGCUCCCCAUUUAAUUCGGCUUCACAUUUAAUUCAGCUUCACUUUAAUUCAGUGGCCUGCGACAGACUGGCGACCUGUCCAGGGUGACCCCUCCUCUCUCCCAGAACGUUAGCUGGAGAGGCACCAGCACCUCCCGACCCCACUAAGGGACAAGAGUCUACAGAAAAUGGAUGGAUGGAUUUAAUUCAGCUCCACAUGAACCAAACGAAGCAGAUUGAAUAAAAACAGGUCAUCAGCUCUUUGAGAACCAGUGGAGAGAAACUCUUGUAAGACAACAAACUCUGAAUAAAAUUUGACCAAAGGUGGUUGUUUCUAUGGAAACAGUUGCCCUGCCUCGGGCCUCUGGGCCUGAGCUGGACUCCACCGGGAGAAAGAUCCAGAACAUGAUGGAAAAACAAUCUGAAUCUGGAGGGUCAAAGGUCAGCGGAGGAAUCCUGGAGCGCUGUGUGAAACGCUACAAAAUUAUCCUGGAGACCCGAACCAGCAGCUGGGAUCAGGAGAACCAGAACAUCCACAACCUGACUGUGACACGAGCUGAAACCAGCCCACAUCACCAACCCUCCACCACCGUGCUGUCAGGAGAUGACCUUUGACCCUUCCCAGACUGUUGAGCAGCAGCAGUCGCUCUGAGGUCAUUGCUGAUUUCUGUCCUGAUUCUAACAAACGUCUGUCAGCGGCAGAGACAGGUUCUGGAUCUGCUGCAGUGGAUCGGGUCAGCGGUUCCUUCCUGGGGAGCCAGCAGUUUCUGGAUCUGGUUCCUGUUGGGGAGAAUCUGAUCUGGUUGGCAGUCAUGUCCACUGGUGUUGCUGGAUUAGAGCCUCUAAUCUGCCUCUCACAUCCAGCAGGGAUUAUUCCUGGGUUUGUUGCUGCAGCUCUCGAGGACGGGCCCAUUGUUGCAGCUCACAUGUUGCUGCGUUGCCAUGCGAAGCUCCGCUGACCUCGUUACCGCUGUGUUUACACAACGCCAGGCUUCAUCUGCUGGCAGACGGAGCAGCUGGAUCAGAGCAGCAGGCAGGCAGACGCCACACAGCCAGCUGCUGCUGCAGCAGCAGCAUGUUGAUGCAGCAACAUGUUUAUGCUGCAGGGGAAACUUGGGGGAACGGAGGAAGUGGAUAAACCUCUGAGCUGCAGCUGAUCUGGUUUGUUGAACUGGUUAAUCAGAUCAGCAGCGAUCCGUCAGCAGGGCUUGGAUUUGGUUCCUAGUGGUUCCCUGCAGGAGGUGAAGGAUGCGCCUGGCGUGACCUUUGACCCGGAGUCACCACGUGAUCAGAGCGCCCUGCAGGGAAGCAGAGCAGCUCAGGUUGGUGGUGACCUGAACCCUCUGCUCCUCUUCAGGCUCCUCCAGACAUUAGCGGUGGCUAGGUUUAGCCUAUUUGCAGCAGGAAGUUUCUCCACCUGAAGACCAGCAGCUUCCUACUUCCCGUUUCCCGUUUCCUGUAGAACAAAACAUUCAUCUGGAUUUCACUUCACCUGACCUGGACUGACCUGGGAACAUCAGCCGCAGGAGGGAUGAGACGGAGACAUUACAUUUCUAAUGAGACAAAAUGACAAGAAGAGCCUGAAAAACAACUAAUAACUGAAAACCAAAGAAAUCAACUUGGCACGUAUCCAUGGCAACAGAUUUACGACUAGAAUGUCUCCAUGGCAACAGAGUUACAACCAGAACUUCCUGUCUCAGCAACAUGUGGAGUUCCUUCUUUCAGUUGAUCUUUAGAAAACGUCAUGGAGGAGCAAAAUGACAGAGGCAGGAAUCCAUCCGACAUGUCGACCGACUGACCAACCAACCGUCCAAAUGACCAUCCAUCCAUCCAGCCCAUCAACCCAAUCUGAUUGAUUUGUUUCUGGCCUUACAGUCUAAUAACAGUUAACGGACGGACGGCGGCAGGAUGCUGUGGCUGCUGUUCUGUCUGCUUCCUCUGGGGGGCAGCAGCAGCAUCGCUGCCCAGGAAGGCGCUCACAAAGCCAAACUCGACAACGCAGACCCUGGGGCCCCUGUGGCCUCCAGGCCUGAGAUCUACUACUGUCGCUCCCCCAACAUGGAGGACUUCACCUGCUGGUGGCAUCCAGUGGACAACCUGACAUCUGGCCAGCAGGCCGCCUACAUCCUCACCUACUCCAAAGAUAUGGAACCUGAACUCGAGUGUCCAGAUUACAUGUCCGGCGGUCUCCACAGCUGCUACUUCGACAAGAGCCACACGUCCAUCUGGAUGUACUACUGCAUGACGGUGACGGCCAUGACGCCCCACAGGAACUACACAUCCCAGCAGCACUGCCUGGACGUGGCAGAGAUUGUGGAGCCAGAGGCUCCGGUCAACCUGACCUUCUCCCUGAGGGACGCCGGCGGCGACGAGGCGGGCCACAGCGUGCUGCUGUCCUGGACGUACCCGGCUCCUGAGGUCCUGCGCUAUGGCUGGAUCACUCUGCUGUAUGAGCUGCAGUACCGACGCAUCGGCGAGACCGACAACUGGCAGGUGAAGCAUCACCUGCGUGAGCCGCAUGUGGAGCUGCUUGGCCUGCGACCCGACGACUACAUAGUUCGGGUCCGCUGCCGCUCCCACAACUCCCGGCUGUGGAGCAAAUGGAGUGCCGCGCUGCUCGUGAGCAUCCCCAACAGCCUGGCUGCAGGUAAAGUCCUGGUUCUGGUUCUGGUGGUGGGAGUCGGAGCCGUGGCUCUGCUGGUCAUCGCCUUCGGGGUGAUUCCUCAGAGCAGGAGAAUAAAAGACUACUUCCUGCCGCCCAUUCCCAAGCCACGGAUCAUCGGCAUUGACCCUCUGCUUCUGAAGAAGGGGAACUUUGAUGAAAUCAACCGUCACUUCAGUAACUUCCAUGGUUACCGGCCUCCCAGUUACUCGGUGGAGGUGUGGGACCAGGUGAGCGCUGACGGGAUCUACCUGAGCGCGCCGCGGGACUGCAGCGUCCCACCAAGCAUCUUGGACAGAGACAGAGGAAUGUCGGUCGCCAUCCAGAACCUGUUUCCCAUCCAGAACCCGUCGUCGUACAUCCGCAGCGCUCCGCCGUACUGCGCCGUGCCAGCCGAGCCCUUCACUGCGCUGCAGGACACGCCGUCUCCAUGGCAACAGCCCGAGACGGUGUUCGUUCCCGGGUCAGACUACAGCACGAUGGAGCGCCUCGGCGUUCCCGACGCCUCCGUCUCCACUCCAGAUCCGGCCCGCGCUCCGGUCCAGGACUUCUACACCUGCGUCCAGCUGAUGAGGGACAGCGGCGAGGUCCACUUGGUGCCAUGUCUGCCGGCGCCGUACUGCCAGGACUUCCUGCUGCCACCGGGUCCAGAUGCUGCCAAGCAAGAGGAGGAGGAGAAGAAGAGCAAGAGGCUGGCCGAGUACCAGGCCCGGAAGAGUGCAACGGAGGACGACGGCGAUGACAGGAGCGAUGCCGCUGACCCGCUGCUGCCCUUCAGCCCAGAAGACACCAGCGAGAGGACCGGAGACCCGUUCUGAUCCGUCGUUCUGAUCCGACCUUCUGAUCCGACCUUCUGCUCCACUCUGUUUUUGCUAACGCUGUUAGCGACAGCUCCGACUGCGUUGGAAACUGUUGGCAUCCAUGUUUACUGUGGGUGUGAUAAACACAAUUAUUGAUGCAUUCAUGUUUAAUCCAACUAUAAGUUUAUAACGACAUUGAACUGGUUCUGGUUCUGGUCACUCCUCCCAGGAGGAGCUGGACUUCCUGAACUCUUCUUCUUUGUUUUAAUGGCAGUUGGCUUUAACUAUAGGAAGCAUUAACGCCACCUACUGGUCAGGAGUGUGGACUACAUUGCCAUGAACUCUGGGUACUGUAGUCCAUUUGAAAUGGGCCAGGAUACUUCAGGAUUUCAAGCUUUGUCUUUCUCAGGAAACAGGAAGUGGUGGCGCUGGUCGGAGAGGAUUCUAGUUCUCUAUGUCCAAAACCUCCUGGGUUUAUUUCCCGUAGUUUCACUCGCACUUCGUUCUGAUAAAACCUCAUUUUAUUCCCACUUCACUCUUCAGAAGCACUCACUCCUUAAUUAUCUAUGUGCAGGGAUGUAAAUCUGUGAUUACCCAGAACAUGAGAGGAAUCUAAGUGGGCCUAUAAAGUCCAUUUAUGUCAUUAUCAUUUUUAAUACCAGCAGAUUCCAUAAAACCACUAAAAAUCAGCACAUGAUGCCCAGUUUUCCCAGAACGAUGAUUGAACUGAAUUAUUAGUAGUUGUAGUCAAACCUGUGUGUCUUUGUUCUUAUGCAGUGUAAAGCUAGCUGCCUCUUUAAACACAGCACACGUCUAUUUUUCUAAGAAACCACUGCAGCUCUGUGUGACUCUGUUAGCAUAGCAUGUUUAGCGCUCCAUGACUAAUCUCAGGUAGAUUCCAUUAACAAUGUCUGGCAGGAAAUGGGAGGAACAUGGGGGCGGGACUUCAUCUGUUUUACUUCCUGGUUCGCUCUGCCGCCAGGUUCCUGCAGUCCGGAAAGUCUGGAAUUGUUAGGGAAAAGAAAGAAUAAUUAUGGAAAAUGUUUCCAUUUUCAGUGUUAAUUUGCUAUUCUUUCCCUUUUGUCCCUUAUGUCCUUCCGUAUUUUCUUUGUUUUUUGUUGUCCUUCCUGAUAAAUCAUAACAGAAGGAAGCCAUAAUUCAUGUUGAGCUUUAAUAUUUUAACAGAGACAUAAACCUCCAGAAAGGCUCUAAAGCUAGCCUCCUUAGCUGUUAGUCAGCCUCCUCGGCUGUUAGUCAACCUCCUUGGCUGUUAGCCGGCCUCCGCGGCUGUUAGCUAGCCUCCGCGGCUGUUAGCUAGCCUCCUGAGCUGUUAGCUAGCCUCCUCGGCUGAUACCAACCUCCUCGGCUGUUAGCUGGUCUCCGUGGCUGUUAGCUAGCCUUCUCAGCUGUUGAUGUUAGCUAGCCUCCUCGGCUGUUAGCUAGCCUUCUCAGCUGUUAGCUAGCCUUCUCAGCUGUUGAUGUUAGCUCUCCCCACUGCAGACCUGUUGGUCCGGUCAAUGUGUUGCAGUCCAGACCUGGUUGACGUUUUUUCUGUUUCUCAGUUCAGAGCUGCAGUAUUUUUAGCAUUUGCUCCCACUAUUUUAAAAAAUUGUGCCAAAUGUUCCUUCAUGCACAAAAGCAGAUCCACUAACAUUCCUCCAGUUGGUUCAAAACUGUAAGCACAACCUCGUAGAUGACCCCGUGACCUUUUGGUGUUUGAUGUGAGCCCAGUGAAUGACCAGGGGAGUCUGACUGUGGGACUCUGUCAUGCCGUCUCCGUGUUUUGUCUCUGUGGUCGUCCUCAUCUCUCGUUGUGCCUUUGGUCUCUCAGUGUUGUUUCAUACCACUUCGUUUCCUGUGUUGGCAUCUGAUAGGCGAACACCUGCAGUUUGUAACGGGAAGCUGGUCGUUACGGUAAGCCGGUCGUUACGGGAAGCCGGUUGUUACAGGAAGCCGGUCGUUACGGGAAGCCGGUUGUUACAGGAAGCCGGUCGUUACGGGAAGCUGGUCGUAACGGGAAGUGUGUCGUUUCGUGGCAGAGAAAUGUCUCGUAGUUUGUGACUGAAACAUCUUUCAGUUUGAGGCAAUAAAAACUCUUGGAUUUGUUUUUGAUUUUAUUGAAUUGUAGAAAUGUAUUGAUUGUAAGUUGAAUGGUGACUUUCGGUGCCAAUGCAAUAGUAGUGAUCAACAAUUAAAAAUGUUCAGACAAUCGUCUUGACCUGGAUCAAAUGAACUGAAAGUAUCCUAAAGUCUAAAUGAACUGUACCUGAGUCUGAUCCUGGAGAAAAGGACUUUUAUUUCUUGUGAUAAUGACAAAACGUUGAUUUGUGGACCUGGAAGCAGUUCUGUGUCUGUUUUCAGGGUUUCUGUUGACCUUUCACCUCCUCUGUAGAGCAGUGUUGUUACAGAUUUGUCGUCGGCUCAAAGUGCUUUUCCAUCAGAGUAAAUAAAGUCUGCUCAUUCUCACCUC